AUGACGCGACCCAAACUAUAUCCAAACAAAGUAGCAGGUCAUAAUCGCUGGAUAUGCAUUGGAUUAUCGUGUUUCAACCAAUUACAAGGCGAAUCAGCUGCUCGACUUGAAUAUGGUGCAUUUUUCAUCAGCGGGCCAAGGGAGGAUGCUUGUGUGGUUGAUCUCGUGCUUGACGCCAAGGGGAACAAUGCGCUCACCAAGCGACCUGAAGCGGACCAGGGCUAUGAAGGAGCCGGUGCUAGGAGACAAGUCGACUCCAACCAACCAACCGAGUCGCCGACAAACGCCCUAAAGCGGACCCGGGCUAUGAAGGCCUUGCCAAACAACUGGAAGCCGAGAUACGAGGAGGCCGGUGCUAAGCGGCAGAUUGGGAGUGAAUGGGAUUGUGCUAUAGGCUUGGAGACUGGAUGUUGUAACCAUGACAGGACGGAUAGUAUCACUCUAUUUCAUCCCAUCUUCAAUGGCAAUUACCCCCGGACAUGGCGGGCUUGGCUCGUACAUAUGGAGUCGCCGUAUAUCCUAUGGAGAAUAGAGGUGAUAAUAGAGGUGAUAUCCGCCAGAAACUAUUCGAGACAUGAGCUCAGAUUGACGAGUCCUGCGGAUUCGCCGGAGACACUGGUCAUUGGAUACUGGAGGAAUUCUUUCAAUCAAGUAGCUGGCGACUCUUACGAAGUACAGGAACGACACUCAGGCCAGUACGAUGCCAAACUUGGGUGCAAAUAUCCAAUUGCUAAUCUAUGCCAGUUACCAAUGUCGAAAGUCCAAAGACCCGAUAUACAAAGCCAAUCGUGGCAGAACGAACAAAACGACGCGAAUCGCAUGGGACCAUCGAAUUCAGAUGCAAGAUUAUCUUCAAAUACAUGGACGACCAUGGCAUCGUAAGGCUGUACAAUGAUGAAUAUAUGCAAUAAACAAGAUGAACGCCUGCUCCCAAACCAAAUAGCAACAAUAUAUACUCCGAAACCAAUGCAAUCGGACAAAAGGUUUUAAAUAAACACGCAGAUAAGCAAGAUGCAGCAAAGAAGCCUCACUCGUGAGGCUUAUCCGGUUGGUCCGGAUCAAACCGGUAUCGUCGCCAGUUCUCAGACACCCACCACUGGGCGACGUGAGCAGCCUCGCCCACCCAUUUGAAGGCAAAAGGCCCGUGAAUCCGCUCGACUUCCAUCGCCAAUUGAUCGACGUCGAAGCUCUUGAUUACCGGCGAGACCUCGUGAGGGUUGAUCGCCAUGUUGCUGAAUCGCC